CGAUUUUUAGUUUCGCGGUGGCGCCUCCACCGACGCCGUUAAUUCCACGCUGAUAAAUAAAUGCUCAUUGUUUCCACCUUUUUUUCCGGCAAACAUAAUCGAUUCUCUCAGGCAUAUCAGCGAAUCGACGAUCGACCUUCUUGAUCGAGAGCCGACUAACCGAAUUCGAUACUCGUAUCGAAGCGUUAAUCUUUGUUUUGAGUGUACCGUGGAGGGAUUUUUCCGUUGCUGUGUUGCAGAUCGAUUCGUGUAGUUGCGGAGGAGGAACGAAAAAGAUAAAUUAGAUUGUGGGUUGAUUGCAUUAGCGGGGGAAUUCGAAAGUCGGGGAAUGAUGGAGAAGGAGCGAAUCAGGAAGCGUCCUCGGCUUGCAUGGGAUGUUGGUCCGCUCGAAGGAGAGGCUCAACGGGCUGAAAAGCAUGUAUCGCCACCAAAAAGGGUUGAUGAUCGUGAAGGUCAUUAUGUCUUCAGCCUGGGGGAGAAUCUCACUCCUAGAUACAAAAUUCUCAGUAAGAUGGGGGAAGGCACCUUCGGCCGAGUUCUGGAAUGUUGGGAUCGGAAUACACGGGAAUUCGUGGCUAUUAAGGUGAUCCGCUCCAUUAGCAAAUAUCGUGAUGCAGCAAUGAUUGAGAUUGAUGUUCUUCAACUUCUUGCUCGGAAUGAUAAAUCCAGCUCUCGCUGUGUGCAAAUUCAAAACUGGUUUGAUUACCGCAAUCAUAUAUGUAUUGUCUUUGAGAAGCUUGGACCAAGUUUAUAUGAUUUCCUUAAGAGAAAUAAAUACUGCCCAUUCCCUGUGGAUCUUGUUCGGGAAUUUGGACGCCAGCUUUUGGAAUCUGUAGCAUAUAUGCAUGAUUUACAACUGAUUCACACUGACCUGAAGCCAGAGAAUAUACUUCUUGUCUCUUCUGAUCACAUAAAGCUUCCAGCGACCAAGAUGAUACAGAGAGCAUCUUCAGAUGAAACACAUUAUAGGUGGUUGCCAAAGUCGAGUGCCAUUAAGCUGAUUGAUUUUGGUAGUACUGCAUAUGAUAAUAAGAACCACAGCUCCAUUGUCUCUACAAGACAUUACAGAGCCCCUGAGAUUAUCCUAGGUUUAGGAUGGAGUUACCCUUGUGACAUCUGGAGUGUUGGUUGCAUACUCGUGGAGUUAUGCACGGGUGGAGCACUAUUCCAGACACAUGAGAACUUAGAACAUUUAGCAAUGAUGGAGAGGGUAUUAGGACCUUUGCCAGAGCACAUGAUUUCUAAGGCUAAUCGGGGAGCCGAAAAAUAUUUCAGGAGAACAAGAUUGAAUUGGCCAGAAGGAGCAGUUUCUAGGGAGAGUAUUAGAGCUGUGAGGAAGCUUGACAACUUAAAGGAAAUGGUGUAUCGACACACAGAGAGCUCUAGGACCUUGCUCGUUGAUCUGCUGCGCGGACUGCUUAAAUACGAUCCAUCAGAACGAUUAACUGCCAGAGAUGCUCUGGAUCAUCCAUUUUUCAGGAAUCCAAUCUGAGAAGAAUAUAACCCAUAUCGUCAAGACUCUGCGUAGUUUGUAGCGAGAUACAGUGGGUUCCUUUUCUUGUACUUGCACUGUAUGUUAAUUAAUGAGAUGAAAAUCUUUCCUUCUUCUAGCCAAACCAAGAUUGCUUACAGAUUUAGAAUAGCUUUUGCGAUCAGUUGAUAGUGUCUGGGUUUCAGACAAGCGUCACGAAUUCGCGUAUGAAUCUCAGUAACACUCAAAAGGCAUUGCACAAGCUCAAAGAUUGCUUGAAGCGUGAGAAUAGACAUAAAGACAUAUUAGAGAACAGACACGUUGAAAAACAAAGUUUCUUUGAGGCAUUCCGUCAAACACAUUGUGGGCUUAAACCUCCCCUUCUGGCAUUUUCUUUACGUUU